AUGGACAUGGCCAGCACGCAAUCACCGGCACGUAACGCGAGAAUCCAGACAUAUCUCGGACAGCGCAAGAGACAGACUUUUGCUGAGCCAUCGCGGCUCUCGGUUAUCAAAGUAAAAGAUGCGCAAAGAGCAAAGUUCUCCUACGGGAAGCCAUUGAACGAGAGUGAAUCAGAUGUCUCAGGGCAAGACGGGAAGCGCGGAUCCGCGCAAACCAUUGGCUGGCUACUCGCGACUGCAACGAACCUAGAGCAAGACAUCGAGACUUGUAAGAAAGAGCUCGAGCUCGUCAGAUCACUAAUGGAGGAAAUUGAUCAGCGGUUGCAGGCGCACGACAAGUUGCCCAGUCGAAAACUUCGUGACCACAAAGUUCUCAUGGCUGCGUGUCGGGAAUAUUCCGACUCGAUGAUCCAGGUCAAGAAGGAAAGGUUGAGGCAAGUCAGAUUCUGGGCCAGUAGCCGGGAGAUGGGGCGCUCUGCCCCUGCUGCAGCCCCCGGAGAAUGGCUUGAUGUUGAUCUUGAAUGGAGGAAUUGGCUGAGCGAGCAAGCUGCCGCCCGCUCUGGAGCGUGGCCCAUUGAAGCCUCAAAGGAUACUGCUUGGAGAAUUCUGGGGCCACUGCCUCAUAUCAUCGCCGCGUACAUCUGGCUUGAAGGAUAA